AAGAGUCAGAAGCGGAAGAGACGUGGCACAUAAACACACAGAGGAAGGAACCAGCUAGCAACACACAAGUUUCCUGAUGACAGCUCUACUUCUAUGUGAAUCUUACACGGAAGCUUAAAUGACAGUCAUACAACAUUUGGUGAAACGAACAGGACUUAAUUAAAGUCUGUGUGACAGCAGGUGACUAUGGGUCUCUGCAAGUGCCCAAAAAGAAAAGUGACCAAUUUAUUCUGUUUCGAGCAUCGUGUCAAUGUGUGCGAGCAUUGCCUCGUCUCAAACCACAACAAGUGUAUUGUGCAGUCAUAUUUGCAAUGGCUUCAGGACAGCGAUUACAACCCCAACUGCACUCUGUGUAACACCCCACUGUCUGCCCAGGACACUGUCAGACUCGUCUGCUAUGAUGUGUUUCACUGGUCAUGUCUCAAUAACUUGGCAUUGCGGCUGCCCCUCCACACGGCUCCAGCUGGAUACCAGUGCCCAGCCUGUCAAGGUCCAGUCUUCCCCCCAUCUAACCUGGCCAGCCCUAUUGCUGAUGUGCUGAAAGAACAGCUGUCAUCGGUUAACUGGGCUCGAGCUGGUUUAGGGCUGCCACUGAUUGAGGAGCCUAUUGGGGACCUUGAAGAGACUGCAGCUAAUGAUGUUACAGAUUAUACCGACUGGUCAACAUUUGGUGCACAAGAGCAAAGUAACAUUUACCCCAGCCACUCCUACAACACCAGCCUCAGCCCACAACCCACAUCUGUCCCACCUCCAGCUCAAGAGGACCAGGCAGAUACCCGUAAAAAUGGAGACCCACUCCUGCAGGAUCACUCUGUGAUCAAUUUCACUACUACUGCCACUACCUGUGACACGGUUACAUUACACACUGCUUCCUCACCAAGAAAGAUCUAUGACACACGUGACGUUGGUCACAGCACCGUCACACAGAUUGACUUUGAUGAUGACAAGUACAGAAGAAGACCAACACUGAGCUGGUUUGCUCAAAUUCUCAAAAACCUCACAGGUGGAAGGCGGACAUCUCUGACCUGGAAACAACGCGUCUUCAUGCUCCUUCUGGUUGGAGUUCUGGGAUUCUUUACACUGAUUAUCAUCAUGGCUAAAGUCGGACGUGCCUCUGCGGGCUCAGACCCAAAUUUAGAUCCUCUUCUUAACCCAAAUAUCCGUGUGGGGAAAAACUGAUAACAAGAAUUGAUUCCUUCUUUUCCUUCUGUGUUACACAAUAUACGCCUGUGUAGGCUGAGCUGAAAUGGGACUUUUCAAUAAACCGUGAGCCCAGCAGAGGGAGCUAUUUACCCGAGUGAAUGGGGAAAAGAAAGAGACACUGAACCUCUGUAGAAUAGAGGUAAUCUCUGGCUCCAUUCAUUUACACAAGGCAGUAGGAGCAUGCCACAGCCCUUCACAGACUUAAGAAAAUGUCAUUAAAUUCAGGAGCUUACCUAUGAUUCUGGUAAAGCUACCCACAGCUCUAAAGGUGACCAAAGCCCUAGAGCUUGUAGUCAAAGGAUCCAUCAGUUACUGCUUUGAAAAGGCGGUGAUGGAGAGAGUUUGUACUUUUACUUACAGUUCCAGCUAACAAGUGUCAGUGAUCUUUUGAAGUGGAUUUUUUAAUUUCAGUAGAAACUAAACUCUCUUGAUGUUGAAAAAACGUCUUUUGCUAGCAGAGAAGUCAGACUGUACAUUACCAAGAACACAACAUUCAUAUACAUAUAUAUGAGUUUAUAAAAUAAUUCCACUUUGGGUUUCUGUUUAAGCUGCCUUUGUGCAUUUCUUCUUUGGACAGGACAUCCGACUGGAAUCUGAUAAACCCCAGAGAAUAAAUACACAACUAUUUAUGGGUGUCUGCUUCAAGUUUGAAAAGGCAUUGCUUUUAGAUUUGGCACACAUGCUGUAUGUAUAUUUUCCAAAUGUUUAUUUGACUGUCUAUUAAAUGGGAAUAAUUCAGA